AUGGCUCGCGCUAGCAACAGCAACAGCGCGCUGCUGGAGCAGCGGUGGGGCUUCCUGCUGCCGUGGCUGGAGCUGCUCGACCGCCGCAUCAAGUACAAGCAGGUGGCGCUCGAGGAGGAGGUCUGGGACGCCGAGAGGCGCGUGCUGGAGGUCACGCUGCCGGCCAAGAACUCGGACAAGUACGAGCGGUACACUCAGGGCGAGUUCAACUACGAGCUGCGAGAGGUCCGGGAGGCGCUGGCAUUGCUGGCUGCUGUGGCCCACAUAGCCCAAAACGCGUGGAAGGUUGUCUUGAGCAAAGUAUGGGGACUGAAGCUGGGCAACAAAGGCUCGGAGGAGCUCGAACAGGAGAUUUCACCCCGAUACGUGCUCCUUUUCGACCACUUGGCGGGCGUAGUGCCCGGUGGCCACGAGGACUCGCGGCUGACAGAUCUGGUCUUCUUUUGCGGCACCAGUCAAGUGGAAGACCCGUCUCCAGAGUUCCAGACGGCGCUGAGCUUACUCGCUGCCACAGCUGGCAAGAAGUUGCUGCCGAGAGAUAAACCGGGCUUGGAUAUCAAGAUCCCGGUGCAAGUGUCUUUUGGCGGCAACGGUUUCCUGGCUGGGAGGCAGUUGCCGCUGAUCGCCAACGCGGAGAGAAUCGUCAAGGAGCAGUGGGAGAAGUACGAGCAGAGUUCGAGACUGCAACCGGUUCCGAGUGGGAGAGUUCGUUGCACUUUUGAGCUGCUGCCGAUGGUUGCAGAGUGGACGGAUAUGAUGGGGUACUCGUCGUUUGCGCCCAAGUUCCAUAAGUUGGUGCAGGAUAACGUGUGGUUCUCGCAACUUACGCUGUCAGGAGAGAGCGCAGAAUUUCUCAUUGGAGAUGCGUGUCGAGCACGAGAUGAAUUCAGACAACUCAUGGCUGCCGCUUUUGACAGUACUCGGCGCAGUCCGGCGCGCUCGACCUCCCGCUACUAUUUCGAUCGCGGCGAAUAUAUUCGAGAUGGAAGCCCGUUGCAGGUUAAUCGAGUGGACUUGAAGACGUACACGAGUAUGAGGACUGAAGACCUGGGGGCGAUGAUGUCUGCUGUUGUGAUCAAUCAGACGACCAAGAAGAUUACGAUGCGGGCGGAAAAGAGGACAAUUUCAGGUGAAGACAAGUGGAUGUGGCUAGCCUACGGACUCUUUUCCAAACGGGCACGUGCGUUCUCGGCGCUGGAGGUAUUUUAUCUCAACCAGAUCGACUCAUUGGAUGCAAGUGAAGUGAAGGCGCUGUCAGAUGUGAUGCACUCGGAUCACCCUGAGGAAGUUUUGUGCGGCACUCCUCCCGGUGUGGUUGAGGAUCGAAAUGCUACAUUGAACAUAUUCGGUGGAAAUUUGCUGAUGGCCAGCCCGUUUUGGAGGCGAAAACCAAAAUUACUGACUCCGUCGUCCGAGGCGUUCGCACUUUCAGUGAUGAUGGAGAGAGCGAGUGGGUGA